GGAAGCGUGACGCGGCGCCGACGCGUCCCCCCUCCUCUCUCGCCACCGUUGCCUCCCUCCCGCGCCUCCUCUGAGCCACUCCCUCCCUGCCUGCCCCGAAAGCGGCGGCAACCCCUCCGCCCGGGGCUCUCCCGGCACAGCAGCUGCGUGCCGCGUCGCCCUCAGUCUCCUCCUUUUUCCUGCCUCGCGCCGGGAGAGAGAGAGACCGAGGGACCACACAAAUGAGCUCGCCGACGCCAUUACGCCCCGCCGCCGCCGGCGGCGGCGCCAGCAGUUACUCCUCCUCGCUGCACCACCGGCGGCGGGGGUGGCCGGGCGCGGGCGCGGGUUUAAGAAGGCCGCGUGUGCGCCGGUGCAAGAUGAAGCUCAUGUACUUCCUCAUGGACCGGGACGAGCAGCGCGAGAAGCGCCUCGAGCUCGAGUUCGAGGUGUCGGAGCUGGAGACGGUGCUCGAGAAGGAGCAGAGGCUGGGCAGGGUUCUCCAGUGCUCGCUGCAGGGGCGCGUCGUCUGCCAUUGCUGCCUCUCCACGCUCGUUCCAACCAACGUUAGGGGUCUGCUCGGGGAGCUAGCAAUGGUGGAGGACGAGAUAUUCUGCCUGGAGAAGAAGGUCGAGGACCUGCGGCUGCGCCUGCGCCGGGAGCAGAAGUGGACGGACAAGUGCAUCCAGCAGCAGCAGAGCUGGCCGCAGAACCUCCAGCCGAGGCACUCCGUGUCCAGGAGGGAGCUCCAGGGCGCCCAGCAGCUGCCCAAGCUGCCGUGCCCAGGCAGCGACGAAGCUCUCGAAUGCGAGAGCAAGGCUUCUGUUGGAUCCGCCUCCGCCAAAGGAGAUGAAGCGGAGCACGCCAGGAGAAGCAGCCACUGCAGAUCGUCGGAGACCACGCCGGCGCCUCCGGAGAGGAAGGUCUGCCUGAACAGCCCGAACAAGCUCUCGGAGGAGCUGAUCAGGCUGAUGGUGGCCAUCUUCCACAAGCUGAACAAGGCGGCGGAUGUGGGGGAGCUGGAGCUGAGCGGCACGUCGAAGCUCAACAUCUCCUGCAUCGGGCCCAGGAGCCUCGUGCCCAGGGUCGCCGUGCACGGCGCCGCCGCGAUGAGCCCGCUCAAGAACCGGAGGGCGUCGGCGAAAGCCGCCGGCCAUGGCGCGGAGAAGGAGGCCGCUGCCGGGUGCCAAAGGAGGUUCGUCGAGUUCACGAGGGCGUCCGUCGACGUCAGCCGCAUCUCGCUGUGCCUUGUCGACAUCAAGAACUUGAGAGGAUUGAUGCAAAAGCUUGGCACCGCCGACCCGAGCCUUCUGACGAACAAGCAGAAGCUGGCUUUCUGGAUCAACAUCUACAACUUCUGCGUGAUGCAUGCGUUUCUUCAGCACGGUUUACCCCCAUCUCCAGAGAAGCUUCUUGCGCUGCUGAAUCAGGCUUCAGUGAACGUCGGAGGAACAGUGCUGAAUGUUGUGUCGAUCGAGCACCUCAUCCUGAGGCACUCUCCCGCAGGCAAGCAGGGGAUCGUGGACGAAGGACAGAGGGAUCUGCUGCGCACGUACGGACUCGGGUACCCUGAACCCAACGUCGUCUUCGCGCUAUGCAGAGGCAGCCGCUCCUCGCCGGCGCUGCGCGUGUACACGGCGGAGGACGUGUCGAACGAGCUGGAGCGCGCCAAGGUGGAGUACCUGGAGUCGACGGUGCGCGUCGCCGGCCGGAGGCAGCGCGCCGCCGUCGUGGUGCCCAAGCUGCUGCACUGGCACAUGCGGGACUUCGCCGACGACGCCGCGUCGCUGCUGGAGUGGGUGCACAGCCAGCUGCCCCGGGCGUCGGGCCCGCUCAGGCGGGCCAUCAGGGAGGUCCUGGGCGCCAGCAGCGGCAGCGGCAGCGGCAGGGGCGCGGCGACGCCGGCGCCGGCGGCCAAGAUGGUGGAGGUCGAGCCGUACGACGCCGAGUUCUGCUACCUGCUGCCCGUCUGGUGAGCGCGCGUCCAUACGUGGUCUCGGUCCAUCGGUCGGAGCGUGCUAAAUUUUGCUCCGGUCGAGGCGUAUUUGUUGCAGCACCUGUGCAGUGAACCGUGAACUACUACCGUGUGACACGAUGUAAAUUUUCGGGGUUGUGUUUCGUCCCGUAGAGAAAAAAUUCAAUAACAGAAAGUACGUUUUAAUCUUCAUUUUUUUUUAUUUUGCUAGUGCCUGGAUGUCCGAGGCACUGCAGAAUUGGCACCAACUUGAACCGUUCGAUGUUCUUUCAAGAGUAUUUCCAUUCUUUGUAAAUCUAAAUAAAGGAUCUCGACUGUUGAUUUAA